AUGUCUGUUCCUCAACCUGUCCCCCCUUCCUGGAAGGACCUUGGCAAGUCUGGCAACGACCUGCUCGGGAAGGACUACCCCAUCUAUGGCACCAACCUGGAAGUCAAGACUCGCACGCCAUCAAAUGUCACAUUCAAAGUCGCCGGUCUCCGUGAUUCCAAGUCCACCGCCAUUAACGGUGAUAUCGAGGCCAAGUAUGUGGACGCCAAGAACGGUGUCACCUUCACACAAGCCUGGACAACUGCGAACGUGCUCAAAUCCCAGGUCGAGCUGGAGAAUCAGAUUGCGAAGGGCCUUAAGAUCGAUCUGAACGCCUCCCUUCUCCCUGACAAGGCUGAGAACAACAAGAGCGCUCAGAUUGGCAUAGUCUAUAAACAGCCUGCCCUACAUACCCGUGCUGUUCUGGAUCUUUUCAAGGGUCCCACAUUCACUGCGGACACCGUUGUUGGCCGUGAUGGUUUCCUUGUUGGCGCGGAGGCGUCCUAUGAUGUGACGAAGGGAAUGGUUACCCGCUACGCCGCUGCUGUUGGGUACAGCGCUCCGGAGUAUGCCGUCACCCUUCAUGGCCUGGGCAACUUGAGCACAUUUGCUGCUUCUUACUACCACAAAGUGAACCGUGACGUUGAGGCCGGCGCCAAGGCUAUCUACGACACGAAGUCCACUCAUGGUAAUGUCAACCUUGAAGUCGGUGCGAAGGCUUAUCUCGAUACCUCGGCGUUUGUCAAAGCGAAGAUCAACAACGCUGGAGUCCUCUGCCUGGGAUAUACGCAAGGACUCCGUCCUGGAGUGAAGGCUUCUUUUGGUCUUGCUCUGGACACUCAAAGGUUGAACGAUACUGCUGGCGGCCAGCCAGCUCACAAGGUUGGUGCUAGCUUCACAUUUGAGGGAUGA